AUGGAGGGCUCAGGAGAAAGGCUGGUCCUCAAUGUGGGGGGUGUACGCUAUGAGACAUACCACAGCACUCUGCGGGCCUUCCCUGGCACACGACUCUACCAGCUGACGGAACCCCCCAUGGGUGGCACCCUGGCCCGAGAGGUCUUCUUUGACCGCAGCCCCCACCUCUUUGGCUAUGUACUGGGCUACUACCGAACACGCCAGCUGCACUGCCCCCCAGACAUAUGCCGGGCAGUGCUGGAAGAAGAGCUGGCCUUCUGGGGGCUGGCCGAUGCCCCUUUGGCCCCCUGCUGCUGGCUGAAGCUCAGUGGCGGUGAUGGACGGGCUGAGGACUUCCACGCCUGGGAGGAAAGUGAGCUGGGCGAAGAACAAGGCCUGCUGGGACCAAUUGAGAGUCCCAACUCCACCAGGGCCCAGGGGACAUGGAAGCCAUGGCUGUGGACUCUGCUCAACCAGCCCUGCUCCUCCCUAGCAGGCAAGUGUGCUGCCCUCCUUUCUAUGCUUUUCCUCCUGGGUGUCCUGGUCAUCUUCUUCCAAGAAACCUCGGUGCAGCUGGACUACUUUACGUCCAACUUCCGGCCACUGGAGCCCUGGGAUGGUGAGAAGGAGGGCCUGCCCCCACCUCAGGCCCCAAGCCCAGGCCUGGUGUACCAGCGGGCCCCUCACCUUCUCUACUUGGAACUGCUGUGUGUGCUGUGGUUCGGGGCUGAGCUUCUAGCUCGUAGCAUCUCCUGUCCCAACAAGGUCAAAUUCCUGCGCAGCCCCAUGACCCUGGUUGACCUGGCGUCCCUCUUCCCUGUGCUGGUGGAGCUGGCUGUGGGCCGACGGGCUGAGCGCCACCCCCGCCUCUGCUUGGUGCUGGGGGCCCUGCGGGUACUCUAUGUGCUUAAGCUGGGUCGCCUCUUGGGGCUGGUGGAGAAGCCACUGGCCCUGCGGGUGCUGGCUCACACACUGCGCUCCUCUUGGAGGGAGGCAGGCCUUCUGCUCCUGCUCUGGGCUGGAGAGAUCUUGCUGUUCGGCUCCCUCUUCCUGUAUGGAGAGCUGCUGGGCACUGGCCACGGCCAGGGCCAGAGUGAGGUGCACUUUGCUGACAUCCUCACCUGCUUCUGGUGGACGGUGAUCACCCUCACCACUGUGGGCUAUGGGGACAUCUACCCCAUGUCUGCCUUGGGUCAGGUCACAGCUGCUAUCACAGCCAUGGCAGGCAUGCUGACCAGUGUCCUCCUGGUGCCCAUCCUCCUGGUCCGCUUUCAGAGGUGCUACGCUGUUGCUCUGGCCCGUCAGAAGCUGAGGCCCAGUGGGACCCUGUGA